CCAUAAUAAGCGCUUCGCAAAAUUUCAAUGUUUAUUCCUCUCCUAUCAAUUAUUGACACUGUGGCAUCCUAGGAAACAUAGGUACAUGUAUACAUGCAGUUCAAAUCAGUCAGAUUACUUGGCGAGUGUGGAAACUGAUUAUAAAAUGCCAAACGUGCGAUUCAAAUGUGUAUUCAUGUGGAUUUUCAUACAGUUUGCAGGGUUUGGAUUUGGAAUGACAGUGUAUGAACCUUCAUUCAUAAGUGAUUGGAGAACAGCAAAGUCACAAGAUGAUCACAAGGUCGAGUUUUACGUGCCCUUCACGGAUAUAGAAAACGCAACUGAGACCCAUUUACCGGUCAAGGUCAUUGUGGAGGUCAAGGUUGUAGAUGGUUCUGACUAUUACAUAUUCAACGCCUUUGGUUCGUCUCCUAGAGAUGAUGACGCAACUGAAAAAUAUGGAGGUGUUAUUUAUUUCUACAAUGCAAGCGGUGUUCUGAUCUUUUUACCCGAGAAGUUUGAGAACGAUCCUGCAGAUAUAAAAAAUGACGACGGGAAAACGGUCUAUCUCGGUACAGUCGACAGGUGGUAUCAUCCGCUAUCGAAUAGAGAACAGUCUAUUAAAAAUGAAUAUACCGACGCCUUUGUUCGAGUCAAAAUGUGGCGACGAAAUGACAUGCCUCCAGAUUUUGAUUCUGGUUUUCAGUAUAACCUGAAUACAGCAACAGCAGAUCAAUCGAUGGAAACAAUAACCUACCUAGAAAUUCCGUUUACUAAUAUGACGUCAGUACCUGAAAUGGUAGUGGUACAAGCGAGACCUCCACAGAUAUUCGAUGAACUUCGCGGGCUGAUCUCUGAAGGAAAUGGAAUGCCUGCCUGUUUAAGCUGUGGUAGUGAUGCAGGAGGCUUGGUUUUUGCUUACAACACAACUCAUGUCAGAGUCUGGGUAAAAUUAAAUCACCCUAUUACAAGUGCUGCAGAUGGAUGGGGUGAUAGACAUUAUCCGAACAAACAACGCUUGGUUUCCCACAAAGCCGCUGUUAGAGUUCUGGCCUGGACCUUUAAUAACGCCCCGAACAGAUGUCGAUGGACCUGGAACGAAAGAACUACAAUCAAUGAAGCGUCACAGGACACUCCAAGGAUGAUAUUUCCGGGCACUAAAAACCCUACGGAUUUUCUUGUCCUUGUUACAAUCAGUCCUUUAAACGGUCCAAAUCACGGUUUCCAGUUUUAUGGAGCUGGUUCCGUGGUUACUUCCGGUGAUUAUGACCCAAACACACCAAGCAGAUACAGUGGGUUGAUAUUUGGGUACAAUCAGUAUGGAGUCUUCGUCUGGAGGGUCACACCAACAUCCAGAUCGUUUACCUUUGAUAUUGAUGAACCGUGGGGAGGGGGCAAGGAACAACAGCAUACAAAUGACGUGGAGAUAAGCAUCUAUGUAUUCGGACUGAUGUCCAGAAAUUCAUGCAACACCACAGAUUUAGCUGUGGUAAAUGGAUAUUUAAACGUAAGUUCAUUACAACCAUGUGAGAAGGAGGCUGUCGUCUGCAACUUUGGAUAUCACAUUGAAAACGAGACCCAUACGGUUGCGCGCUGUAAUCUACUCGCACUCUGGAAUAGCAAUGUACCUCAGUGUAUAGAAACACUCUGCCCAGAUGAAAUUGAUCCGCCAAAUGGAAUUGUUUUGGAAAGGAAUUUAUCAGUGAACGGGGUCAUACAAUAUGCAUGUAACGAAAGAUUCAAUAUUUCGGCGGGAAAUUUGAAUAGGACGUGUUUCCCAAACGGAACAUGGAGUGGUAUUCCUCCGACAUGUUCAGAAAUCCGUUGUCCUUCACUAUUGGAUCCAAUCAAUGGCGCUGUUGAUAUAAGCGGUACAUUAAUUGAUGGCGUGGCUACCUUCAGCUGUAAUCCGGGAUUUACCUUGACGGAUGGAAGUCUGACACGAACCUGUGCACCUAACGGUUCAUGGACUGGUACAUCGGCCGAGUGUUCAGAAAUAUUUUGUCCAUGGAUCGCCGUUCAAGAAAAAGUUAUUGUGUGGUACGAUAGAGACGCAGAGCAUAAUAUUUCCGUCAACACAACUGCUUUCUUUGCAUGCCAGCCGGGAUUUUCAUUAUCGUCAAACGAGACCAUCACCUGUCUAAUUACCGGAGAUUGGUCCGCAGAUUCACCUGUGUGUAACGAAAUCUUUUGCCCGCCCGUCAAUGCCUCAGCAAACAGCGAAAUGGUGAUUAGCAAUCACUCUGUUAAUAGCACUCUUACAUAUUCUUGUAUUGGUGGUUUUGAACACACGAUCGGAAAUCUACAUCGAACUUGCUUGUUGAACGGUACAUGGAGCGGGGAUCCGCCAAAUUGUUCGGAAAUAUUCUGUCCGGGGCUAAAUCAUCCGCGAAAUGGAAAAGCUGUCGCAGAACAAAACUCCAUCAACAGUCAAGCAAUUUACUCAUGUGACACAGGAUUCAAUCAUACCGGGGGCGAUUUGACUCGUACCUGUCAGCUGAACGGAACCUGGAGUGGAGAACCAGCAAUAUGUAGUGAGAUAUUUUGUACAGAUAUUCAAACUUUCGAAAACGGUGAUGUGUCAUAUAGUGUUGUAAUAUCUUCAUUUUCUGGUGUUCCUAUCAAUAGCACUGUAUCCUUUUCAUGUGACGCGGGAUUUAGAUUAUCUCUUGAUUUAAACAUAACAUGUCUCGCCACCGGAAGUUGGUCCGAAGCUCCACCUGUGUGUUCCGAAAUCCUUUGUCCAAAUGUAACCGACCCUGGAAAUGGGAGCGUGGAGAGUAUAGACAACAAGGUGAAUGGGAGCUUACUUUAUAGUUGUAAUACAGACUUUGAAGUAACGUCUGGAAAUCUGAGUCGAGUCUGUACGCUGAAUGGUACCUGGAGCGGAGGACCACCUAUAUGUUCGGAUAUCACCUGCCUGGCCUUACCUUUCCCUGACAAUGGUAGAAUUGAUGUGUCAACACAAGACCCCAAAAUGAAUAUACGUUACUACCCUAUGGGAAGUCAGUCGUCCUACGCCAUCGGAACCCAAGCUUCUUACGCCUGUAACCCCGGGUUCAAUCAUUCCGGGGGCGAUUUGACUCGCACCUGUUUGAAUAAUGGAACAUGGGAUGGAAAUUCUGUGACGUGUGAUGAAAUAUUCUGUCCGCCGCUAACUGUCUCGGCAUCGACCAUUAUGAAUUUGUCAACAGGCGUUUCUAAAACGAACUCGAUGGACAUUUCUGUAAACACAAGCGCCACGUUUUCCUGCAAGCCAGGGUUUCGGUUAAAUGAUAGUAAUUCCCUUCUCUGUCAGAUAGAUGGAACUUGGAACGGGACACUUCCGAGUUGCUCAGAAAUAUACUGCCCUGAUCUUGAAACACCCCCAAAUAGCACGUUAAAUAGUAUAGAUAAAUCUGUAAAUGGGACUGCGCAGUUCGUUUGCAAUAAGGGUUACCAGCAAACGAACGGAAGUUUACAGCGAAAGUGCUUGGCGACCGGAAAAUGGAGUGGAAUCGAGCUUGUAUGUAAAGCUAUCGGUGAUUGUUUGUGCCCUUGUGAGUUUGUGACCGUACCGAAAUACACAAACGUUAAAGAUGUACGGCUCAUUCAGGAAAUUGAAAAGAUGCAGAAAGAAUUGGUGGUUCUAAAGAAUCAAACUUCAGCGGCUUUAAGGAAGAAGAUGUGCAUUAAAGAUUUCCGACCUUCCACGAAUGCUUCCGGUGCCGUCUGGGUAGUAUUUCUCAUCGUGCUGGCUGGGUUGAUAAUCAUUCCGGACAUGUUAAAAGCUAUUCGUUUUCGGUUUGGGUUUGCAAAUGGAAUGACAGUGUAUGAACCUUCAUUCAUAAGUGAUUGGAUAACAGCAAAGGCACAAGAUGAUCACAAGGUCGAGUUUUACGUGCCCUUCACGGAUAUAGAAAAUGCAACUGAGACACAAGUACCGGUCAAGGUCAUUGUUGAGGUCAAGGUUGAAGAUGGUUCUGACUAUUACAUAUUCAAUGCCUUUGGUUCGUCUCCUAGAGAUGAUGACGCAACUGAAAAAUAUGGAGGUGUUAUUUAUUUCUACAAUGCAAGCGGUGUUUUGAUUCUUUUACCAGAGAAGUUUGAUAACGACCGACUCGAUAUGAAAAAUGACGAUGGAUUAGCGGUGUACCUUGGUACAGAUACCACCUGGUUUCAACCGUUAUCUCUUAAUGGAGGCACAAUUCAGACCAGGUAUGCCGAUGCUUCUGUUCGAGUCAAGAUGUGGCGUCAAAAUGACAUGCCUCCGGAUUAUGACACCGAUUUUCAGUACCAUCUGAGGUCAAAGAAUAACAUAUCGCCAAAUAACUUGACAACGUACUUUGAAAUUCCAAUUGGAAUGACGUCAUAUCCGGACAUGGUAGUUGUGCAAGCAAAACCUACAGCAACAUUUGCAGAAAUUCCUGGACUGAUCUCCGAAGGCAAUGGGAUACCUGGAUGUUUUACCUGUGGGACAGAAGCAGGAGGUUUGACGUUUGCCUAUAACGCAUCACACGUCCGAGUAUGGGUGAAAGAAAGUUACCCUAUAACAAGUGCCGCAGAUGGAUGGGGAUUAAAAACUUAUCUAAACAACGAACGUUUGGUUUCAUACGAAGUCAAUAUCAGAGUGCUAGCAUGGAACUUUGAUAGCGACACAAAUAAAUGCCGUUGGACCUGGAACUCAACUAUUUAUGCUAACCAGCAAUCCACUGAGGCUCCAAGGAUGAUAUUUUCUAGUCCAAUAGAAGAUAUGAAUUCUGUCCUCUUUCUGGUCUCAAUAAGUCCCAGGGUUGGUGCUAAUGGCGGUUUUCUGUUUUACGGAGUUGGCUCGGUGGUCACUUCCGGUGAUUAUAACCCGGACAUACAAAGCAGAUAUAGUGGACUGAUAUUUGGGUACAAUCAGUAUGGAGUCUUUGUCUGGAGGGUCAAACCAACAUCUAGGUCGUUUUUCUUUGAUAUUGAUUUUCCUUGGGGAAGCGGCGAGGAACAACAGCAAACGAAUGACGUGGAGAUAAAUAUUCACGUGUUUGGGUUGAUGUCUAGAGGUUCAUGUAAUACUACGGGUUUAUCUUUGACGAAUGGAUAUCUCAAUGUACCUUAUGUGCUUCCUUGUGAAAGAGAGGCUAUCGUCUGCAACUACGGGUUCCAAGCGUCAAAUAACUCGGACACCGAGGUGCGCUGUAACCUUGAUGCAGAAUGGAAUCAGACUGUCCUCCAAUGCACAGAAACCUAUUGUCCAGACGAAUCCGAUCUGCCAAAUGGAACUCUUAUAGAAAAACAUUUAACUGUGGACGGAAUUUUACAAUACACCUGUAAUCUAGGAUUCAACAUUUCGGAAGGAAAUUUGAAUAGGACUUGUUUACCAGAUGGGACUUGGAGUGGUUAUCCUCCUGUCUGUUCAGAAAUUUUAUGUCCAGCAUUUCAGAAUUUUGAAAAUGGCGUCGCAACACAUGUCAUUACACCAAUUGCAGAAACGUCUGGUGUUCCUUUACACAGUAUUGUUUAUUUUACAUGCAUUGGGGGAUUUCGAUUAUCCUCUGACGUGAUUCUUACCUGUCUAUUCAACGGAAGUUGGUCGGAAUCUCCCCCUAUCUGUUUAGAAAUCUUUUGCACAAAUGAGACCGAUCCUGUAAAUGGAAGAAUUGAAGAAAUGAACAACAGUGUGAAUGGAAGCUUACUCUACAGUUGUGAUGAUGGCUUCGAAGCUACAUCUGGAAAUCUGAGUCGUGAAUGUACGCUGAAUGGUACCUGGAGUGGAGAACCGCCAGUUUGUGCGGUGAUUACCUGUCCAGCAUUGACUUUACCUGACAAUGUUGGAAUUGCUGUUUACCCACCACGCUCCGAUGGAAGUGAACCUUUCUCCACCAACGGAACCGGAACUCAACAAACCUACUACACUGGGAGUGAAGCUAUCUACUCCUGUGUUCCGGGUUUCAAUCAUUCUGGGGGCGAUUUGACCCGCACCUGUCUAAGUAAUGGUUCAUGGAGUGGAGAUCCUGCCAUGUGUAAUGAAAUCCUUUGUGAGCCGCUGACAGCAAUGUCUAUCUUUGUCUUGUCAACACGAAUUACGAACUCCACGGGGAUUUCAGUAAACACUACUGCCACAUUUUCCUGUAACCAGGGAUUUCAGAUAAAUGGCUCUAGUUCCCUUCUUUGUCAGAUAGAUGGAACAUGGAACGGGACACAGCCAACUUGUCUGGAGGAAGUCUGUCAGGAUCCUAACACACCCCUAAAUAGUACCCUGUUAAGUAUAAAUAGGUAUCUGAAUGGAGGUGCUCAUUUUGCAUGCAACGCCGGAUUUCAGCACACGAACGGAAGUUUACAGCGGGAGUGCUUAUCGUCAGGAGACUGGAGCGGAGUCGCACCUGUUUGCACAUUUAAACGCGAUUGCAUGUGCCCUUGUGGCAUGGUCCACGUACCUAAAUACACAGAUAUAAACGACGAAAAACUUGCCAAGGAAAUAGAGCAAAUGCAGAAAGAACUGACAGUUUUAAAGAACCAAACCUCUGCGGCUUUAAGAAAGAAGAUCUCCGUGAAGGAUUUCCGACCUUCCGCCAAUGCUUCUGGUGUUGUUUGGGUUGUGGUACUCAUGGUUAUUGCUGGCUGUAUCAUUGUUCCAGACUUGAUAAGAGCUCUCCGCCACUUAUUGUCUUGUUGCAGGCUUGGAAGUAAGACUUGAAAUAGUCCGGGAAUCAGCCGAUCAAAAUGAAACCGAAAUGCAGUGAUUUUGGAGCUGUUUAUUAUAAUCAAUGGGAUAGUUGUUCGUUUUGCGUAAACGCAGACAAAGUCUGAGUAGUUGCCUGUGUGUGGUAUUCGGUGGACGGAUCGAAAUUUUUAUCUAAAAAAGUGUUUUGACAUAUAUUUUAUGCCCUACGCUUGUUGAAAGCCUUCGACUGCAAUGAAAUGAUGAAUGAAGGGGUAAGAAAUGCAGAUUUUAGUUUAGAACUAGUAGGAUACAUGUACUGUAUAGAAAUGAGUUGCAUAAUUGAAGCAAAUAAAAGUCAAACAUUUUCCAAUUUUCACUGUGACGAGGACAGAGUUUGGGGCAAAAUUUCUAGUCGUGAAUUAUAAAGGACUGUCCCGAGAGUGGUGAAGGUGUCAUUCCAAAAAUUAUUAAGCGAUCCGAAUUAAUAAAUUUUAGCAAAAGCGCUUGUUAGUAAUCAUACUGAGGGACUAGCUAGUUGUAAUUAAUUGUUUCUCAACCAUUUGUCUUACAUAGACUAUGUACAAACCCAUUCAAAAAAAUGUAUGUUUUAUCAUGAAUUUGAAUGAAUGCAAUUUGUGAAAUUUGGAACUACAUGUACCUUGUUCUUACACAAAGUGUUCUCAUCUGAUCAUAUUCUACAUGUUGAUAAACUUUUUAGUGUAUACUGAAGCUAUUGCUUUUUGUUGACAGAGUUUUGUGUGUGUAUAUAUUCAUCUUUUGUAUUUUAUUUGAUAUUUAUUGUUAGAUAUGUAGACUUCAAAUAUUCACUUCGUAUUUUUUGAGAAAAAUUUUGGAGCUUACUUUAAAAAAUGUCUCGCCUUUUCAUUUUAUUCAAUGCGACAUAUGAAAUUAAUUAAAGAUAUACAUUGUGAGAAUUAAAAGCACAAGACCUUGCUAUAAGGAACCUUUUGUAAAACUCAGUGAACAAUAAACAAGGCUGUUCGAAGUCGGGAAGUAAAAAUUUGACAAUUUCCGAAUUUCAUUGUUCAUUUUCAUUUGAUAAUACACUUUGGAUUAUCAUGAACUAUUUUAGUCGUAGUUAAUUGCAACAUGUUUUCCAACAGUCGCAUCAAAUACUUAAAAAUGAUAUUAUCCAUAUUUUGCAGAAAUUGUGUACCUAUAUAGAAAUAAAA